GAGAGUUCAAACUGUGUGAAGAAUAAGCGUGGUCAUACCAAAUGACCACGCAUUUGCCUGAUACUGUAUUUCCAUGUAAACCGCAUCACCUAUGUCCUAUUAUCCAAGCAAUGUAUAAAAAUGAGGGAUAGCUCCUGACUUUAACACUGUAUCGUAUUCGAUUACAUUCUUUGUCAGUUUAAAAACAAUGGGGUAGCUGAAAUAGUUAGCUUAAAGUUAGCUUAAACUGUCUGCCAAAGGUAGACUUAUCAUCAAGCAACAACAACUGCAACAAAAAUAACAGUGGUUGCCUGGUGCUGUGUCUGUGCCUGUCUGUGGUCACCCUGCUGUUACAGAGCCUGUGGGUGCCACUGGAGAUGACCAGAGAUGAUCCUGCAGGGAGCUCACCCGAGGAUCUGGGUCAGCGUGGGCUUAGCUUUCGUAACCUGGCUCUGCGCUUGGAGGCUUUGAAUACUCAGGUACAGAGGCUGAGCAGAGAGAAAGAUGGCUCCGAGCUGACCAGAAAUGAUCUCACUUUGCUGCUGCAGAGCUUCAGACAGGACCAGCAAGGUUUGGCUCGCUUAGUAGAAAGAGAGCUGAAAAGAGUAUCGCAGAGGCUUGAUCAGCUCAGCCGUCACCACCAACACCACCAUCAGGCUGAAGCUCCAACACCACUUGAUAACCGUAGAUCACACACAGGGCCCAACGAGAAGUGUGAAGUGCCAGUGGAUCCUGCAUAUCCAGUAUGUGCAGAGAAGGUGGAGUUCCUGCAGGCUCAGUGGGAGUCAGACCCCUGUUAUGCUUUUUAUGGAGUGGAUGGUACCACUUGCUCCAUACUGACUUACCUCAGCCAGACAGAGGACUUUUGUCCCCCUCAAGAUGGAAGAAACCACUCUAGUCUGCCCUGGCAUCAGAAACCUCAAGCUCAUACAGAGAAGACUGAGAUACGUAAAUCUCUACUCCCACUGUAUGAGGCGAUCAGCAACAACAGCAGCCCAGCAAUUAAGUUUAUCCGCUCCAGAGUGGAAAAAAUGUCUGAACGGUGGAUACAGGCUGGUCUGAGGAUGAAAGAGAGCAGCAAUAACACAGUCUCCACACAGAUGAGGGUGCUGCUUUAUCCUGGUGCCCUGUCUGGAAGUGUUGGCCAGCAUUUUGAAGCAAUGGUGGAAAGAGGUGGUCCUUUAGGAGAACUGGUUCAGUGGGCAGACCUCAGCGCCUGCCUAACAAUCCUUGGCCACAACCUGGUCUUCAGCACCUCACAGCACCAACUUCACAGCUUGAUAGGUGCUGCUCCAGGCAGAGGCAGCUGUCCGAUCCAAAGGCCCCUGACCUUUGACCUCAUUUAUACCGACUAUCAUGGCCUUGCUCACCUCCAAGGAGCCAUGGGACUGGCUUUCAAGCAUUACCAGUGUCGCUUCAGAAUCUUGGACUCAUUUGGCACUGAACCGGCCUUUAACUUUGCGAGCUACGCACGUAGCCAUGGAUAUAAAACGCUGUGGGGCAGCUGGGAUCUCCAACCUCUGCAGUACAUGACCAUGUUCCGUAAGUCAUUAUCUCACACUCCUGAUAAUUCCUUCCUGGGCUUUGUGAGUGAAGGGACCGUUAGGAAGGGAAGCGAGCUCGAGCCAGCGAGCUACAAGAAAGACAGGAUAGCGGUGGUCUAUGGAAAACAAGAAUACAUGUGGCAGGGUAAAUAUGAGUAUGUGAAAGUGAUCAGUGAGGAACUGGAGACUCACGCCACAGUCUAUCAGCCUCCUGGACACACAUUGCAUCUGCCCAGCUUCAUCAGAAACCACGGACUGCUGACUCAGGAACACUUUCAACAACUUCUCCGUAAAGCUAAGUUGUUUGUAGGUCUUGGCUUCCCCUAUGAAGGUCCAGCACCUAUUGAGGCAAUAGGAAUGGGCUGUGUCUUUAUUCAGCCGAGAUUUGACCCUCCACACUCAUCAGCCAACAAUGACUUCUACAAGGGCAAGCCCACCACAAGACAGAUCUCCUCCCAGCACCCUUAUGCUGAGAAAUUCAUUGGUAAACCCUACGUAUGGACUGUGGAUGUAACCAACAAGACUGACAUACACGAGGCCAUCAAAGCGAUUCUAAGAAGUGAGGUGAAGUCCUUCACUCCUCAGGAGUUCACUUGUGUGGGAAUGCUGAAGCGGGUCCUUGGUUACAUCACUCACCAGAACUUCUGCAGUAAAUCUGUCCCUACUUGGCCACCAAAAAGUGCUCUGAGGGUUCACCUAGGUCCACUGGGUCAGUCCUGUGUGAGUGCGUGCCGGCGGUCCUCCCUCGUGUGUGAGCCGGCUCUGUUUCACCACCUCAACACCCCUGCUGCGUUUACCAGUCCUUGGGGUCGUCAGUGUGGCCUCCAGCAGGAGCCCCUGCUUUUCAGUUGUGCUGGCUCUGAUCCGUCCUAUCGCAGACUGUGUCCCUGCAGAUCUCACCUAACUGGAUAGGUUGCAAUCUGUCUUGACUCCCUCUAAGUAACACUGAAAGAACUCAGGAAAAGCACCAAAGAGCCAUCUGCAAUGCAUGCUGUACAGGUAAAGAUUCCCAGCGAAAGGGAGCCAUUGAAAGCCUUGCAGUCAUGUUUGUGUACGUGUACACAUUCAAAUGACAUACAAUUCUGAGGAAGCAACCAUGACUGAAUGUCAUUUCCUUAAAGUACUUGACAAGCUGAAGAACUGUAAAUCCAAGGCCUGAUUUCCCUUGGCGUCAAGUGUUGCUGUAACUUAAGAAAAAAAGCCUUUGAAUGCCGGCAAUAUGCACCUCAGGGAAAAUGUGUUUACAUGUGUUUAAAUCAAGUGGAAACCGGCGAGUACAAAGCAGGCCAGUUCACCUCAGUUCUUCGCCUACUCUAGUCACACACAGUGCAGUAGGCUUCAGUGUUAUGCAAAAUAAGUAUCUAAUUAUUCAUUCGCUUACAGUAAUGUAUCACAGUGGCCAGUGCUGCAUGGGAUUGCUGCUCAUGUUGCUCCUUCAUGCUUUGCUGGCUACAGAUAUUAGCCUGGGGCCUUAAAGGAGAGAGGGUGACAGCCUAAGUGAUGAGGCUCAUUAUCGGAGUGAAUCAUGGAUAACCUCUGAAUCCAUUUGGGAGGUCACAGCCGUAUGACCAUUAUUAUACUGUCAUCUAAACCAUUGGUUCCCAACCAUCUUUGACUUAGGAAACCCCCUCAGCUCUUUUUAAAUCUAUGCCCCCC